AACAAUGAAAUUAUGUUUAAUUAUAAUUCAGUUCUUGUUUGAAACUGAUGUUAAAGUUAACAAAAAAUCGUUAACAAAAUCUAAAAAUUAAUAAGCACGUUAAUAUUAUCCCAGAAAGCUUGAGUAACAGAACAACCCCAAAACAAAUGAUUUAUAGUUUCAGGAGAGCAACAUAACAGCUCCAAAAUAUUUAUCACGACUCGCAAGAUUGCUUUCUGAGGCUUUUAUGCGCCUCUAGUAGAGGUUCAGCUUCCGGGUAAACGUCGAUAUACUUCCGCGUAACUUCCUCUGUUUUACUUUCAUUGUUGACAGUUUGAUAACUACUGAUAAAAUCUAACACAGUUAACUGGCAGACAGAAAGUCUUUAGCACAUCUGGAAUGACAUGUCGCGAGUUUAUUAGACGGAAUGUUCGCUGCGUCAGUCGUGUUUUAAAUGCGCUCAUGCUACGUUAAACUGUUAGCCUCCUAGCCAGCUCUCCAGCUGCUGUUGGUCUGAAAAUCCGGUCUAAAAGCCAAGAUUAUGUUUGUCGGUGUGUUUUUGUUAUGCUUUUACUUGUUUUGAGUAACCUGAGCAAUAUGGAAUCUGAGGGAAUCGUCAUCCGGAUAAAGACGCCGGUGGGGGACAUGGACUCGCCAGUGGACAGUCCAUCACAUCUCAACUUCAAUGAUUUGCUGGCCGCGAUCAGAGAUGCCAUGCCUGAAGCCACAGUCACAGCAUUUGAGUAUGAGGAUGAAGUUGGUGACCGAAUCACAGUUCGCAGUGAUGACGAGCUCAAAGCCAUGCUGUCCUAUUACUGCAAUACAGUGAUGGAGCAACGCUUCAAUGGACUGUUACCUGAGCCUUUACAGAUAUUUCCACGAGCCGGUAAGACCCCAGGGAUCCGCAACAUUCACGGCCUGAAGGUGAACACGCGGCCCGAAUCCUCGAGUGGCAGGAGCUCCUCUGCAGCUGAUUCCCGCUCCAGCGAUAGUUUGAAGAAGUCUUCAGCUGAGCUUAAGAAGAUCUUGACAAAUGGGCAGAUAAAUGAACAUGACCUCCAGUACCAGGAACAGCUUGGCCAUGGAAAUGGUGGAACAGUUUACAAAGCCUAUCACCUACUUGGGAAAAGAAUAGUGGCAGUAAAGGUUAUUCCUCUUGACAUCACAGUGGAGCUGCAGAAGCAGAUCAUGUCAGAGCUUGAGAUACUUUAUAAGUGUGAUUCUCCGUACAUCAUAAAGUUCUACAGUGCUUUCUUUGUGGAGAACAGAAUAUCGAUAUGCACUGAGUUUAUGGAUGGUGGCUCUCUGGAUGUUUAUUGGAGAAUCCCAGAGCAUGUUUUGGGCAGGAUUGCUGUUGCGGUGGUAAAAGGAUUAACGUACCUCUGGAGCCUGAAGAUUUUACACAGAGAUGUCAAACCAUCCAACAUGCUGGUCAACACACGAGGUCAAGUCAAACUUUGCGACUUUGGUGUCAGCACACAGUUGGUGAAUUCCAUUGCAAAAACGUAUGUCGGAACCAACGCAUACAUGGCGCCAGAGCGGAUAUCUGGGGAACAGUAUGGUAUUCACUCUGACGUGUGGAGCGUAGGGAUCUCUUUCAUGGAGUUGGCUCUGGGCUCUUUUCCAUAUCCACAGAUUCAAAAGAACCAGGGCUCUUUAAUGCCUCUUCAGUUAUUGCAGUGCAUUGUUGAUGAGGAUCCCCCUGUACUUCCAGUUGGUCAGUUCAGUGAGAAAUUUGUCCACUUCAUUACACAAUGUAUGAGGAAGCUGCCCAAAGAAAGACCAGCUCCAAACAACCUGAUGGACCACCCAUUUAUUGUGCAAUAUAAUGAUGGCAACACUGAGGUGGUGUCCAUGUGGGUGUGCCGCAGCCUAGAGGACCGCAAAGCCCAGCAGCCACAGAGACUCAUGUGAACAACACUGACACUGCAGGGAGUUAUGGGAGAUGGUGUCCACAUUCCCUCACUUUACUCUUCCACUGAGAAACAGCAGCUCACAUAUAGAGCACCUCCUCCUCCCAUGCUUGAAUUUAAUGGUGCACGGUGAGAUUAUGCUAGCAUCCUGCAAAUGAGGAUUUUAACCGUGUAUAUUGGUUUCCACUGAUGCAAAUCUUCAGCUUUGUUCUUCUGCAGCCUCUUUUUUUUUAAGUAAAUGUUUCCCCAGAAGAUCAUCACAGGGGGGAUGUUGCUUGCUCAACUCAGCUUUCGUUGAAAAUACCAUCGCUUUCUGUACUUAAAGCAACAAUCUGGUUUUGCCAAAACAUUGUGGGCACGUCAUAAAUCAUCUCGAGUUCAGUGAAACAUUACGGUUUUCAAAUAUAUGGGGUUGUGUGGAGCAUUGCCCCCUGCUGCAGUGCAAGUCAUGCUGCUGUUGUUUUAAAAGCCACUUUUUUGUCGAGUUUCACAAAUGGCCUGCCAGUAGUGGCAAUACCCAAUUGAAGUUAGAAAAAUGUGAUGCCUUGUUAUGGUGGAAGGCGGUGGACGGCAGCUUGUGCACAUAAGCUUGAAUUUUCUUCCUGCCCUUGUCCUACAUAAGGCCAGUUUUGAACUUUAUUCAAGUACAUAUAAACUUAACAUUACUUUAAGGUUUGAUACGUUUUUAGAUCUAUGUACACUACCAUUUAAAAGUUUUAGGAUUUUUUAAAGACAUUCUUUUUCUUAGCAAGGAUGCACUGAAGUGCUCUUAUUAUUAUGCUAUUUUAAACGUCUCCAUUUUUUGGAGUUCUCCAAUAAUAGGUUUACACAAAUCCAAGGUCAAAAAACGUUACGUUUCUUUUAAUGUACAUUUCACGUCACAUAAAAUUGUAAAAAGCAUAUCAAACAAUUCCCAGUCUGUUGAGAUUGGUCUAUUACUUGCAGUAACAAUAACAAUGGUGCUGCUGAUUUCACCAUAUUAAACCUUAACAGGCCACUCAUUAAACUCAUCAGUGGUUACUUUGGGUUACUACAAUACUAUUGAAGUAUUUUACUUUUAUGACCUUAAUGAAAUUAUUUUAAUGUAAUCAAUGUAAAUGAAGUUACCGUAUAUGAUAAGGGGGUAAAUCGAAGUCCAAUGAUGAAACAUUUGAAAGCUAGGUGAUCAACCCGAAGCUCUUGCAUGACUCAAGCAGGACAUUUCAGAGAAUAUGAAUUAAUCACAUUCCUAUUGAGUUCAUGACCAAUCAGAGGCUUUAAGAUCAGUACACACUGGAGGUUGCGCACACUCUUUUGAAGAUUUUUUCAUUAACUAAAGUGAAUAUACGAUUGAUUGUACUUAACAGAUUUGAUAAGCAGCUUCAGUCAUUCUAACAAGAGUUUUUGUGAGGAUGCAUCAACAAAAAACUGUCUUUUUUGACAUGUUGUUGACGAAAAACUACAGAAUGUCAGGGUGGGUCAUAGUAAAUGUAUUCACGGGCAGCUGAUUUGCAUUAUGGAAAUCUGCUUUGUAUAUACAUAAAUCAGUAACAAAUGUGAAAUUGGAAUUGCUGAGGGAUCAUUUUGUUUUUAACAAUCUGCUCUUUCUUUUUGGUUGAUCAAAAAUUCAGUUUUGUUUAUCCAUUCAUUCAUUUUCUUUUCGGCUUAGUUUCUUUAUUCAUCAGGGGUCAGCACAGCAGAAUAACCCGCCAACUUAUCCAGCAAAUGUUUUACGCAGCGGAUGCCCUUCCAGCUGCAACCCAGUACUGGAAAACAUACAUACAUUCACAUUCACACACACACUCAUACAAUUCGGCAAAUUUAGUUUAUUCAUUUCACCUAUGGUGCAUGUCUUUGGACUGUGAGGGAAACAGGAGCACCCGGAGGAAACCCAGGCCAACACUGGGAGAACAUGUAACCUCCAUACAGAAACUCCAACUGACCCAGUUGGGACUCAAACCAGCGACCUUCUUGCUGUGAGGUAACAGUGCUAACCACUGAGCCACUGCGUCACCCAAUUUUGUUAUUAAAGGAACAAAAAAAUUAUAUUAAAAUAUUUCUUUAGAAGACUGUUAUAUUAAAUUAACACUUUGCCAUUGUGUUGCUAAGAAGUUGCUUUUUAAAACCAGUUACAAUAAAUCCCACCAAGCUCAAACUUUUGAUUGGUAGUGUACAUUUCAAUGUUAUACUGCAAAUCAGGUGAGUCUCAUAAACUAUUUAGAAAAGAAAAUUGUAGAAAUUAACUUAAGAUGAGAAUACAGAUGAGAAUGUAAAUUAAAUCACAUUAACCCAGACAAUAUCAAAAUAUCCCUCCCAUACAGACAGAUUAACACAGCAGGAUUCACAGUGCUGGUGAAGAAUGCCAAGAGUGACUCAUAAAAUCCCCUAACACUCCUUUAAGCCAGGAUUUUCUGGUAAAAUGGUAAGCAGGCCCCCAAACAAUACAAAUGUAUACAUCUAAAUGAACUGUAUUCUUUUUCCUGAGGAUUUGAUUAAAAUGAACCAAAAGUUGAUAAUCAGCCCCACCGUUCAUCACAUCUGCCUUCUUUUCUGACAUUUCAGGAACAAUUUUGAUGUUUUAUCAGUGUUACUUGAGCGAUCAUUUUAAAUGCAAGUGGCAGUAAUUAUUAUUAUUUAGAUAUUAUCUGUGGUCACAACUGCCAGUCACCAUUUUAUAAAAUGGUAAAUUGUCAAACACCAAAGCCAAAUACACAGUACUUUUUUUACUGUACUAUUAUUUAUAACAUUUGUUAAUGUUCAGCUAUGUCAAAUUAAUUUCUCAGAUUAUAAUGAACUUUGGCCAAAGCCAAGCCUGACUAGCGACCAUAUAAUGCAAUUGAGGUGAGGUUUGCACAUAAAGCUGAUUUUCUUAAUAAAAUAUUGCAGAUUUCAUUGUG